AUGUCGUCAUCAUCAUCCUACCCAGACCAACGAACACCAGACCAGUGGCGCGCAGUCCUAAACAAGGAACAAUUCCGCAUCCUCCGCGAAAAGGGCACCGAACCCCCCGGCUCCGGCAAGUUCGACAAGCACUACCCCACAACCGGAGUCUACACCUGCGCCGGCUGCCACGCCCCCCUCUACAAGGCCUCGCACAAGUUCUCCUCGGGCUGCGGCUGGCCCGCCUACUUUGACUCCAUUCCCGGAGCCGUCACCCGCCACGAGGACCGCGCCUUCGGCAUGCUCCGCACCGAGAUUGUCUGCAGCAACUGCGGCGGCCACCUCGGCCACGUCUUCAAGGGGGAAGGCUUCCCCACCCCUACUGACGAGCGUCACUGUGUGAACAGUGUUAGUCUAAGUUUUAGUCCGGAUGAUGAGCCUGUCAAGAAGAAGGAGCAGGAGGAGACAAAAGAAAGGGAGGAUAAGAGUAAGGUGUAA